UUUUACUGCAUAUCUGAACCCAAUUUUCGAAAGAAGCGGAAAUUCCUCCUCCUCAGCGUCUCUGUCUCCACCAUUUCCGUUUGAACUAUUGAUUCUUUGACGCCGCAGCAAAACCCAAGGCCCUCUCCUCGCUCCGACCGAAAGACCGGAGACCAAUAUCCUCAUCACCCCCCUCUCUCCCCCUCUUCUCCGAUUGUCCUUCCCGCCCUCUUGUUAUCGAAAUUUAGUUGAAGGGCAUCAGAUCGCCCAUUCUUCUUCUCCAUCUUUAGAGAAGUUCAAAGAUCCGGCGGUCUUAAUAGUCAUCGAGAUAUUUUAUCCAGCGAUUGAUUGGGAUCACUUGUUCCGGUUAUCAGUUUCUUGUUCAGAGAUCCGUUUCUUCUUCGUGGGUGUCAACCUCUGGUCGUCCUGGUGCCAUGGAGGCGAUAGAGGAGCUCAUCCAGCUCUCCGAGUCCAUGAUACAGGCCUCUGCUCUCCUUGCAGACGAGGAAAUUGAUGAGAAGUCCCCCCGCCGGAGUUCUACAUUUCUCAACGUUGUUGCGCUCGGGAACGUUGGCGCUGGAAAGUCGGCAGUUUUGAAUAGUUUGAUCGGGCACCCCGUUCUGCCCACUGGAGAAAAUGGAGCCACUAGAGCGCCAAUCAGCAUUGAUCUGCAGAGAGAUAACUCGUUAAGCAGCAAAUCCAUCGUUCUGCAGAUUGACAACAAAUCGCAGCAGGUUUCUGCAAGCGCUCUUAGGCAUUCUCUGCAAGAUAGGCUGAGCAAGGGAUCCGGAAAGAGUCGCGGUGACGAAAUUUAUUUGAAGCUCCGUACCAGCACAGCUCCUCCACUUAAAUUAGUGGAUCUUCCUGGUUUAGACCAGCGUGCGAUGGACGAGUCUUUGGUCAGUGAUUAUGCGGCGCGCAACGAUGCAAUUCUAUUGGUGGUCAUUCCGGCUGCCCAGGCAUCUGAAAUUUCUUCCUCUAGGGCUCUCAGACUGGCCAAGGAAUUUGAUGCAGAGGCAACCAGAACCGUUGGUGUUAUUAGUAAGAUUGAUCAAGCUGCUGGAGAUCAGAAAGCUCUUGCCGCUACUCAAGCCCUUCUGCUUAGCCAGGGUCCUCCAAAAGCCUCUGAUAUUCCAUGGGUUGCUCUGAUUGGGCAAUCUGUUUCUAUUGCUACAGCACAAGCUGGAUCUGUAGGCUCGGAAAACUCACUUGAAACAGCUUGGCGAGCUGAGAGUGAGAGUUUAAGAUCUAUAUUAACUGGUGCUCCACAAAGCAAACUUGGUAGAGUUGCUUUGGUUGAGACCCUUGCUAAACAGAUACGUAGUCGAAUGAAGCUUCGACUUCCAAAUCUGCUUUCCGGGCUCCAGGGUAAGUCACAGUUAGUGCAUGAUGAGUUGUUUAGGCUUGGUGAACAAAUGGUACAUAGCUCUGAAGGAACCAGGGCCAUUGCUUUGGAGCUUUGUCGGGAGUUUGAGGACAAGUUUCUUUUGCAUAUUUCUUCUGGUGAGGGAGGGGGUUGGAAAGUUGUUGCAAGUUUUGAAGGAAACUUUCCUAACAAGAUCAAGCAACUUCCACUUGAUAAGCACUUUGACAUUAACAAUGUUAAGAGGGUUGUGUUAGAAGCUGAUGGCUAUCAACCAUAUCUUAUUUCUCCGGAGAAAGGUUUAAGGUCAUUAAUUAAGGGAGUCUUGGAACUUGCAAAAGAACCUUCACGUCUUUGUGUGGAGGAGGUGCAUCGAGUUUUGAUAGAUAUAGUUUCUGCAGCUGCGAAUGCCACACCAGGACUUGGGAAAUACCCUCCAUUCAAGCGUGAGGUUAUUGCAAUUGCAACAAAUGCUUUAGAAAAUUUCAGAAAUGAUGCCAAAAAAAUGGUUGUUGCAUUAGUUGAUAUGGAGCGUGCAUUUGUUCCUCCUCAACACUUUAUCCGCUUAGUGCAGAGAAGGAUGGAUAGACAGCGGCGUGAAGAAGAACAGAAGACUAGAUCUUCUAAGAAGGCUCACGAGGCUGAACAUGCUAUUCUAAACAGAGCAACAAGUCCUCAACCUGGAAACCAACAGUCGGGUGGUAACUUGAAGUCAAUGAAAGAAAAGUCCAGUUCAGAGAAAGAUAAAGAUGCAAAAGAAGGUUCAAGUUUGCAGGUUGCGGGGCCUGGUGGAGAGAUAACAGCAGGUUUCCUUCUAAAAAAAAGUGCAAAGACAAAUGGCUGGAGUAGACGUUGGUUUGUUUUAAAUGAGAAAAGUGGCAAGCUUGGAUACACCAAGAAGCAAGAGGAGAGACACUUUCGUGGUGUCAUCACUUUGGAGGAGUGCAACAUUGAUGAGGUGCCUGAUGAAGAAGAAACUUCUAAAAGUUUGAAAGACUCGAAAAAGGCAAAUGGACCUGAAUCUAAAAGCUCAGCCCUUGUUUUCAAGAUAACCAGCAAAGUUCCAUACAAAACUGUUUUGAAAGCUCACAGUGCUGUGUUGCUAAAAGCUGAGAGCCUGAGCGACAAAGUUGAGUGGAUGAAUAAGAUUAGAAAAGUUGCUUAUAAGGGAAAUCUUGCCAAGGAUAUGCCAGGUUCUGAUGUUGGAUCUUUGAGACAAAGCCAUUCAGACGGUUCACUAGAAACAAUGACAAGGAGACCUGCUGACCCAGAAGAGGAACUUAGAUGGAUGUCUCAAGAGGUCCGUGGUUAUGUGGAAGCUGUUUUAAACAGCCUUGCUGCAAAUGUUCCCAAGGCUGUUGUUCUUUGUCAAGUGGAAAAGGCAAAGGAAGACAUGCUGAAUCAAUUAUAUAGCUCAGUGAGUGCUCAGAGCACUGCUAGGAUUGAAGAACUUCUGCAGGAAGAUCAAAAUGUAAAGCGGAAGAGAGAGCGGUUUCAAAGGCAGUCAUCCAUUCUCACAAAGCUUACUCGUGCACUUAGCAUCCAUGACAAUCAAGUUGCUGCUGCUUCAUGGUCAGAAAGUAGUACUGGAGCAGAAAGCUCUCCAAGAACUGUACCCCCUCCAAGUGAUGAUUGGAGGUCUGCAUUUGAUGCUGCGGCAAACGGCCCGUCCUCGGAGUCAUUUCGAUCAAACAGCAUGAAUGGGAAUAGCCGGCGUUAUGGCGAGCCAUCACAGAAUGGCGAGGCAAGCUCAGGCCCCAACUCCAGCAGCCGUCGCACCCCAAAUCGGUUGCCUCCCGCUCCUCCUCCUAAUUCAUCGGUGUACAAAUACUAGGUAGCCAUUUAUGUUCUUAUUAUUGGCUGCGUGUUUGCCAAUAUUUUUUGUUGGGUUUACGGUUGCUAUCUUUGGUUAUUUUCAUUUUUCCUGUUCAGGCUUGGCAAUUAGACCUGGCAUGAGGGAAAGGGAAAUUUCUGUAACGGUAAACAACCCCUACAUUAUCUAUAAUCCAGAUAUUUCAUGAUGCUGCGCGUUUGUUAAGGUUUAGAUUUAUGCCAAAAAUUCAGCCUUGUUUUGUUGGGUGGUAUCAUUUUUUUCAUUUUUUUUUUAGCACCAUGACCUUGAAAAUUUUCUCAUCCAUUAAAAUAUU